AUGUCCCCCGGGGGCAAGUUCGACUUUGACGACGGGGGCUGCUACGUGGGGGGCUGGGAGGCGGGGCGGGCACAUGGCUACGGCGUGUGCACGGGGCCCGGCGCCCAGGGCGAGUACAGCGGCUGCUGGGCGCACGGCUUCGAGUCACUGGGCGUCUUCACGGGGCCCGGCGGACACAGCUACCAGGGCCACUGGCAGCACGGCAAGCGCGAAGGGCUGGGCGUGGAGCGCAAGAGCCGCUGGACGUACCGCGGCGAGUGGCUGGGCGGGCUGAAGGGGCGCAGCGGCGUGUGGGAGAGCGUGUCCGGCCUGCGCUACGCCGGGCUCUGGAAGGACGGCUUCCAGGACGGCUACGGCACCGAGACCUACUCCGACGGAGGCACCUACCAGGGCCAGUGGCAGGCUGGGAAGCGCCACGGCUACGGGGUGCGCCAGAGUGUGCCCUACCAUCAGGCGGCGCUGCUGCGCUCGCCCCGCCGCACCUCGCUGGACUCGGGCCACAGCGACCCCCCGACGCCGCCCCCGCCCCUGCCCCUGCCAGGUGACGAGGGCGGCAGCCCGGCCUCGGGCUCCCGGGGCGGCUUCGUGCUGGCCGGGCCCGGGGACGCCGACGGCGCGUCCUCCCGAAAGCGCACCCCCGCGGCCGGCGGGUUCUUCCGCCGCUCCCUGCUGCUCAGCGGGCUUCGGGCGGGCGGGCGCCGCAGCUCCUUGGGCAGCAAGCGGGGCUCCCUGCGCAGCGAGGUGAGCAGCGAGGUGGGCAGCACAGGACCCCCGGGCUCCGAGGCCAGCGGGCCCCCGGCCCCAGCGCCGCCCGCCCUCAUCGAGGGCUCAGCCACUGAGGUGUAUGCGGGCGAAUGGUGCGCAGACCGGCGCAGCGGCUACGGGGUGAGCCAGCGCUCCAACGGGCUGCGCUACGAGGGCGAGUGGCUGGGCAACCGGCGGCACGGCUACGGGCGCACCACCCGGCCCGACGGCUCCCGAGAGGAGGGCAAGUACAAGCGCAACCGGCUGGUGCACGGGGGACGAGUGCGCAGCCUCCUGCCUCUGGCCCUUCGGCGGGGCAAAGUCAAGGAGAAGGUGGACCGGGCUGUCGAGGGCGCCCGUCGAGCUGUGAGCACUGCCCGCCAGCGCCAGGAGAUCGCCGCUGCCAGGGCAGCAGAUGCCCUUCUAAAGGCGGUGGCAGCCAGCAGUGUCGCCGAGAAGGCUGUGGAGGCAGCUCGAAUGGCCAAACUGAUAGCCCAGGACCUGCAACCCAUGUUAGAGGCCCCAGGCCACAGACCGAGACAGGACUCAGAAGGUUCCGACACAGAGCCCUUGGAUGAGGACAGCCCUGGGGUAUACGAGAAUGGACUGACCCCUUCAGAGGGCUCCCCUGAACUGCCCAGCAGUCCUGCCUCCUCCCGCCAACCCUGGCGACACCCUGCCUGCCGGAGCCCACUGCCUCCUGGAGGGGACCGGGGUCCCUUCUCCAGCCCCAAAGCUUGGCCUGAGGAGUGGGGGGGCCCAGGUGACCAGGCAGAGGAACUAGCUGGCUAUGAGGCCGAGGAUGAGGCUGGGAUGCAGGGGCCAGGGCCCAGAGACAGUUCCCCACUCCUUGGAGGCCGCAGCGACAGUUCUGGAAGUCUUCGAGAGGAGGAGGGGGAAGAUGAAGAGCCCUUGCCCCAGCUGAGGACCCCAGGGGGCUCGGAGCCUGAGCCCAGGGCCACACCAGUCCUGAGGGGCCCGUCUUCAAGGGGUCCUGAAGCCAGGUGCCUGAUGGAAGAGCUUGAGGAGCCUGCUGCAACCGAGAGGCCCGCCCAGCCGGGAGCUGCCAAUCCCCUGGUGGUGGGAGCCGUGGCCCUCCUGGACCUCAGCCUGGCGUUCCUGUUCUCCCAGCUCCUUACCUGAGGCUCCUGCCCAGCCUAGUCUGGCUUCGGUUGCUGCCUCUUCACUCCUUGGACCUGCCUUUUUCUCCCUUCCUCCUCCUGGUUUCUUCUCCUAUCUUUCUUUCUCUUCUCCCUUCCCUUCCUUUCUUUUCUGUUCCCCUUGGUUUUCCUCUCUUGCUCUUCCUUCCCCUCUCCCCUUUCAGACUCUCUCAUUUCUUCUGGAUCUGUCUCCAUCUUCCUCACUCCCUUCCCCACCCCACCCCUUCUCUCUCUCUAGAUUGUUUACAUAUGAAGGGCUUUUCUCCUCAGAGUUGCUCUCUUCUCUGAGACACACAAAUCUAAGUCAGACCAUUGCCCCACACCCUCCCCACCUUUUCUUUAGACCUGAACUUCGAUGAGGGUGAGGGGUUUGGUGUCCUGAGGAGUCUUCUGGAAGCUGAGUGGAAAGGAGGAAGAGAAUGGAGAAGGGGGGACUGUAUGCUGGGUGAGGCACUGGCCGAGCUGUGGUAGGAGCCUGACCCAAGGGGCCUGGGGUCCCUCUGAGGCCUAGUGAAAAAGCUGGAGGAGGUGCUGCCUCCAUCUCUGACCUUGGAGGACCCUAUCUCACCUCCAAGCACUGAGCUAGGUUCUUGCCUAACUCCAUCCUUCCCUGAAGCAGAUAAGGGAAAGGGAAAGUAGGAUGACUCCCUAGCAUCUCCUUCUUUCUUUCCUCAACAGCCAGCCCCUCAUCCAACCCACUAGGGCGGCGUGCCAUGUCAAGAGCAAUGUGUAAGGAAAGAAAACGUCCAGUGCAGCCAAGUCCGCCCACUGAUCUCUCGCACCCUUCUCUCUUCCCCUAAACAUUUAUUUGGUUGGUCUGGACUCACUUGUGGCCUUCGAUUAAAUUUCUAAGGGGCCUGAAGAAGACAUUUCUACAGCAGAGGGUUAGAGGCACUUGAGCAAGGACCCCACUCCCCAACUCUGGCAGUUGUGGCAGUGGGGGUUGGGGCAGUUCUGGGGAACAGAAACAGACGAUAACAGGAACUCACAGGGCAGCAGGAGCUGUGACAAGUUUAGUAGUCUCUAAGUCGGUUAUGUCCCUUCCCACGUCACACUGGAAUGUUGUGAAAUGGGAAAACGACAGAAGGAGGGGAUCAGAGGAAGCCACCCUCACACAUCUUCCAGGCAGGGCAGAGGUGGGCGGCAAAGGGGGCUGAGAGGUGGGUGGAGAGCCCUGUUUGAGGUGGUGGCUGAUCCCUGGUUCUAGCUUUUCCCCUGGGGGCAGGAAGCCCAAGGAAGAGGGGACUAUAAGGUCCCUGGGGAUCUUUCCUCCCUCCCCUGCAUGAGGCAGAGGCAAGCUGCCUGCCAACCCCCUCCCUCAAGGAAUGGCCUUGCCUGGGAAUGCCCACCACACACAUCCUCUUCUUUUUUUCUAGUCAAAGUCUGUUUACUCCUUGGCCUGCCUCUCUCCUUCCUCCCCUCUCAACCUCUACUUCUGAUUUCUAUUUCCUGGAAUUUGGGAUUGAAGUUAAACUACAACAGUGCCGCCAACACCAAGUCUUGCAGGAAAAAAAUACAAAGAAAUUGAACAAAAAAAAAAUAUAUUAAUAAAAAAGUUCAAAAAAGGGGGGGGACUGUUAUGUCCUUUGGGGUGCGAUGGCUUCAAACCCAAGCUCUCUGAGGCUCUCCGAGUGCUGAGAAUGUCCGAGGAGCCUUCUUGGGGAUCCCCAGGCCUCAGAGACAGUCUCGCCGCCACAGUGCGGAUCAGUAACUGCUUCUCCUAAACU